AUGGCCCAUGGACCAGAGCACGCCAGGCACUCCUGUCUUCCACUGCCUAAACUCGACACAAGUAUUUCCAAGGUUGCUGCAGAUCAGAUCAUCUUCCACGAUGGACCAAUAGCAAGUGAUGACAAAGACAAUAAAUGUAUCUGCAGCAUAGAGCUCCCUGACACUACUUUUCCUUCACAUCUGAUGGUUAUCCUGGAAAACGCUUAUAAGAACCUGACUGCUAUUUAUGAAGAAGAAGCGAGCAAGGUCUCCAAUGUCUCCAGUAUUGUGUGGGAACUAGAAAAGUUUGACGAGAACAAUGUGUUGUUGACACAUAGGGAAAUAGCCACUCUCAAGAAACAACUGGCUGAUUGCGAAGACUCUGUUACAAAUCCCAAUUCUGGCCUCUCUCCCUCUGGAAACUGGACUCCAGAGUUUGGUAACUGCGACAACAAGGUGUUGAUAAACGUUAGCAAGCCACUUAUAGUGAAACUCAACUGGCGAGGUUUAAGCUACAAAUUCGGAGCUUGGGGAAAGGACUUUGCUGUUGGAAACAAGAAUCCUGAUGCAUACUGGGUUGCCCCGCUCAACAUUUGCCAUCUGGAGGACAUAAGUUCCACAACACCUGAGCUUCACAUUUAUUCAUUUUCAAGAGUUGCAUUGUAGGAGUUAUGUUGGGUUG